AUGGCGAGCACACCAGAAGAGAAGCCCCAACGGGCGACUGCUGCUCAGCUGGCGAACAGAAAAAUAAAGGAUGUUCGAAGGCGCCGUCCCAACACCGCUACUCCAAGCUCCGCUGGAGCAUCGUCAAAUCCCUUCGACACAUCUGCUUCGCAACCGACAAACGGUUUCUCAUUUGGUCAAUCUCAGAGCUUCCCAGGAGCAAGUUCAGCACCAAGCCAACCUACACAAAACGGAACAUCAUCACCAUUUUCAUUCGGUGGCGGAAGUGGUGGAGGCGGUGGCUCGUCUUCAUUUAAUUUUGCCUCACCUUCAUUUGGCUCUGGUCCAGCGCCGAGCAAUCCUUUUGCCAGCAUGAGUACCGGUGCACCAAGCCAGCAGGAAGAAACCAACGGCUUCUCUGGCUUCAAAGGAAAUAUGUUCAGCCUCCCUCCUACUGGGAGCCAAGCGCCGGCCCAGCAGGCUUUGCCCUCUACGGGACUUUUCGGCCAGAACAACACCACCGGAGGAAUGUUUGGCAGUUCCUCUACCCCUGCAUCUUCACAGCCUGCUGCGGCAACACCUACCGCCACAGCUGGGAUAUUCGGACAGCCUGCUGCCUCCAGCGCUGCUCCUUCACCUAGUAUUUUCGGCCAGUCUAGUACGAGUAAGCCUUCUGCAUUCGGGCAAUCUACAGCUUUCGGGGACGACUCGAUGCAGACAUCCCCCGAUGCAAAGGGCGCUGCUGCUGCAUCGAAGCCCUCCAUCUUUGGCAAUGGAACUCCCGCAGCUGCACCCCCUGUGUUCGGUGGUCUGAGCUCAGAGGCGAAGCCCGCAGCCUCAACUGAGCAGACACCUUCCAAGCCUCUCUUUGGAGCGAAGCCUGCCGAACAAGCUACUCCUGCAACGCCACUCUUUGGUGCCACCACGCAGUCUACCUCUGCGACUCCCGCUGCAUCUACCCCUGCACCGGCUCCUUCCGCUUCCACUCCGAACCUUUUCGGGGCUAAACCCGCGGACAAGCCUGCUACGCCCUUCCAAAACCCCUUCCAGUCCACAAACCUUUUCUCAGGUGCACCUGCAGCAUCGAAUACUCCCCAAGAGAAGGAGCAGGAAGAGAAGAAAGCGAGCGAGCCUGCCUCCACCACUCCGUUCCAAUUUGGUGCCACCAAUACUGGUGGAGCUUCGCUCUUCUCAAAGAGCGCGAGCGCUGCCCCUGCUCCCGCAUCUGGUGGAUUGUUUGGUGUAAAACCGGCAUUUGGUGCUUCUCAGCCUGCUGGGGCGGGCAACCUAUUUGCCCCCAAGCCUGCUGCGACUACGGAACAAAGCACGCCGAAGGCACCCGAAGGGAACCCUUUCGGCAGUUUGUUUGCACCCAAGCCCGCUACCACACAGGAGAAGCCAGAGCCUACCCCCGCCCCCGCCCCCGCCGGCGGUCCUUUCGGCAGCCUCUUUGCUCCCAAGCCUAGCACCCCGGCGGAGGCAGAAAAGAAAGCUGAACCUCCCAAGGCAGCUCCGGCCGCCCCCUUGUUCUCGGCUUCGACUCCUGCUGGAGGUGCUCCAAACCUGUUUGCACCAAAACCGCCAUCUUUCCCAAGCUCCACUACUGAGCCCAAGACUCAAACACCUGGCUUCACACCAGCCGUACCCGCACCCGUUUCCAGCUCCUUCAAGGUCAAUGGUACCGAGAAGGCACUGUCGACCAAGCCCGCUGAAACCCAACGUUUUGAGACCCUCCAGCCUCGCAAACUUCCUACUGAUUUGAGCACGGAGCUCAAGGAUGAUGCGGAGCUGUUGCAUCGGAUUCGCAUGCUGAAUGAAUGCUUCAAGCGUGAGAUAACUGGUCUGGAUCCCGGCAAGGACGACUUUGAUCUCAUUGUUCAAUUUUACAUGCGAGUUCGCGAAACUAUUGGGGCACCAACUGCUGGCACAAAACGAAAGACUCGGGAUGACGAAGAGACGGCUGCCGACACUCAUACCCAGAAGAAGGUUAAGCCAUUUGGUGCUAGCAGUGUCGAGACCCCAUCUAGCAAAGUAAAUGCUCCUGAGAUGAACAUCGCGCCAAGCUCCAUCACAAGCACACCUUCAAAACUUUUUGGAUCGAGCCAAACCACUCCAUCCAAGCCCGCUGAAGAGAAUGAUGGAAACUCAAGCACUGCAAACAUUUUCGCCAAGUCAUUUUCGAAUUCCAAAUCUUCCGAAUCUGAGACGGCUAAAGCUGAGGCUCCCAGGCCUUCAACGCCCGAAUCUAGCAAACCUUCCAUGUUUUCUACCACUCCAACCACCUCACCGGCAAAACCAUUGUUCCCUACUGCAUCUGUGACCAAGGAAAGCACAUCCACAUCCACAUCACUCUUUUCCUCUUCCGUUUCGAAACCGACUACUGCUGCUGCUCCGGCAAAUCCAUUUGCCCCGAAGCCUGCGGCGACUACGACCUCGGAUUCUACAUCUGCUUCAGCAUUCCAAAUACCGAAGUUUGGUGGUGCCUCUGGAGGUCCAGUCGACUUCCUUGCGCAAUUCAAAUCGCAAGCUGAUAAGAACGCUGAGAAGGAGAAGGAGAAGCGAAAGGCAGAGGACUUUGAUUCCGAAGAGGAAGACGAGGCUGAAUGGGAGCGCAGGGAUGCAGAGGAACAGCGGAAGAAGCGGGAAGAAAUGGAGUCUCGUUCCAAGAAGCCUCCCAAGUUUGUUCCCGGAAAAGGCUUUGUCUUUGAGGAUGAAGACAGUGAGAAGACCCCUGAGCCUAAGAAGGCAGAGGAUGCCGUUGUUCCCAACGGUCCUUCAGCCUCCGCUGCUGGCGCCUCGGUCUUCGAUACAAAGAGCAAAUCAUCUGCCAAGUCCAGCAACAUUUUCGGUCACUUGUCAGCUACUCCGUCUGAAGUUGAAGAAAACGACGCGGAUGAAACGGAUGACGCUGGCGACGAGGCAAGUGAAUCAGAGUCGAAGGGUGUUUCGGCCAGCGAGAGCAACGAUGACGGUGAUCUCAACAAGGCUCUGGCAAAGUCCAAGCAGACCACUUCGGAUAAGACUACGAGCGAGGACUCAGCCACCCCUGCACCGGCGUCAGAGGGACGUAGUCUGUUUGAUCGUGUAGCUACUCCAACGGAGGAAAAGAAGAACCCAUUCGGUGGCCUUCUUGGCGCCUCGAAACUACCAGGACCCGCGACGCCGACCCUAUUUGCUUCUCCUAGCAAACCCUCGUCGGACCAAGGCAGUGGCUCCAAUGUCUUUGGAUCCUCUCUGAAUACCGGUGGCCUCUUUGCUACUCCUGCUCCAGCAACCUCGGGCUCUAGUACUGGGUCUAUCUUUGGUGCCAAGCCGGGCAGUGACAACACUUGGAAGAUGAACUCCCCCAUCAAAUUUGCAGCGGACUCUGCGUCUGCAUCGAAGGAAAACUCUGGGUCGACGACCCCAGCGUCUGAUUCAUCGAAGCCGUUCUCCACCUUGUUUGGAGCGCCUGCAGGGUCAAAGCUUUCUGAUUCUAGUUCCCAGAAGCCUUUGGGAUUUUCUUUUGGUGGACCAAGCCAGCAAGCACCAUCUGUUUUGGCUCCUUCGACCCUCACUUCUGCUACUCCUAGCGGCACAUCGACCCCAGGAGCUUCUGAUACGGGAGCAAACGGGUCUUCGGACGGUGAUGCUGUCGAAGCCCUACCCCAGGUCGACCUUGCCCGGGGUGGAGCAGGCGAAGAGGACGAAGACGUUGUGUUUGAGUCUCGUGCCCGUGGUCUUCAGCUCAAGGCCGGCGCCGGUUGGGAGAGCAAGGGUGUUGGAUUCCUCAAGAUUCUGAAGAACCGCGAGACUUCUCGUGCUCGUAUUCUUCUUCGAGCCGAUCCCAGUGGAAACAUUGUUCUGAACGCAGCUUUGAUGAAGGCGAUCACGUACAAGGCUUCUGGAAACAGUGUUCAAUUCCUCGUGCCUCAACCCGAGGGACCUCCGGAAUCGUGGGCCAUUAGGGUCAAGAAGGAGGAGACUGAAACCUUGGCCUCGAAGAUGGAAGAAACCAAGGCUUAG